GGUGUGGCUUCAAUGCGCUGUGCGUCUGCUGCCGUACGCAAUCUGCGUUAGCGGACCGCCGCUCUUCCACUCCAGCAUCCCUGCAAUUUCAGCCAUGAGUUUCCUUCAUCUGAUAACUCUUCUUGCUGUGGCUCUUGUAGCGCGGUCUCAGACGCAGCUUUUGCGGGGCUCCUGCACUUUCGAGGCGGACAGCUGCGGCUACACGUCUGACCCUGCUUAUGCUGCCUGGACCAUCAACGAUGAAGGUCGCUUCAUCACAGCAGAAUCCUUGUCUUUUGGAGAAAAAGAGAAGCAUGUGCUGGUGAGCCCGGAGCUGGAGCUCAGAGACUGGAGCUGUGUGCGGCUGGUCUAUCAAAUCUCAGGCUCAGGGUCUCUUCAAUUGCACUUACGAUCCGAGGAGGAAAACUUUGACUACAUGUUAUGGAGUGCAGAGAAACCCUCAGACAGUUGGCUCAUCGCAAGUGUGGACCUCCGUAACAUUUCCGGAUCUUACCAGCUAUUAUUUGAGGCUAAACCUACCAGAGGAAUGGGAAAUAGUGUUGCUGUUUUUGAAAUACAUAUCAUACCUGGAUACUGUAUGGAGUGUAACUUUGAGGAGCAUCACUUGUGUGGCUACAGUAAUCAGUGGAAUCCCAAUGUGAACUGGUAUGUGGGUGGCAGUUUGGUCCGGGACCCUCGAUCAAAUCUUCCGGAUGACCACACCAUGAACAAUGGGAGAGGUCACUACAUGUAUGUGGACUCAGUUUAUGCUAAAAGGUUUCAGGAGGUGGCCAAGUUGGUGUCUCCGAUGACCACCACUCCAAUGACAGGGUGCUUGUCCUUUUACUACCAAAGGGACCAAGCCAUUGGGAAUUUCUUCUCUGUGUUUACUAAGGACCAGCUGGGCCACUAUGAAGAGAUAUGGAGGCCUGAUGUUUAUGCCACAUCAAGUUGGAAGUUAGUGCAAGUGGAUAUUAAGGCACCACAUCCUUUAGAGGUGGUGUUCGAAGUGGCGUUUAAUAGUGCUCGUGGUGGUCAUGUUGCUCUGGAUGACAUCUCUUUCUCCUCCGAGUUUUGCCACACAGAGACAGAGCCAGAGUUUGACCCGUCUGUUGCAAACUGUGACUUUGAGGAGGGCCUGUGUCAGUAUUAUCAGGAACAGACUGGAGGCUCGCUGUGGAACAAAGUCUCUGUCAAACCAAAUGUUUACCGCAUUGGAGAUCACACCACAGGCACUGGGUCUUUUCUUCUGACCAACACUCGCCAUGCCUCUCGUCCAGGGUAUGUGGGUCGUCUUUUUGGACCUUUCCUACCAGGGAACCAUAAAUACUGCCUCAGGUUCUACUAUGCCCUUCAUGGCUUCAUGAAAAUAGAUAAUGCUCUGGCUCUCUAUGUUUAUGAUGAAAACAACAUAGCCCAGGAGAAACUAUGGACUGUUUCUGAGAGGUCUAGAGAUGUUUGGACUGAGGUGGAAGUCACCUACCUGAAGCCCAUGUCUACUAAGGUAGCAUUUGUCAGCAUCUGUAGAAACUUCUGGGACUGUGGCCUUGUGUCUCUCGAUGACAUCUCUGUGACUCUUGGAGACUGUCGUGUUAAUGCAGGACCCUUGAAUCCGCCUCCAGGACACUGUAACUUUGAAACUGGCGACUGUGGCUACACCCAAAAAAAGAAAGCUAAAAAAGGACAUUGGCUAAGGAUUCGAGGUCAGACGCCUACAUCUUACACCGGACCCAAGGGGGACCACACCUUAGGGGUAGGUUACUUCAUGUACAUUGAGGCCUCCCACAUGUUACCCAAGCAGUCAGCCCAGCUGAUGUCCACUGAGCUGAGGGGCUCAUCCGUCCCGCAGUGUCUGAUCUUCUUUUACCACAUGUAUGGCUCGGGCACAGGGACCCUGAGCAUCCUUCUGCGUAAGGGGGACAAAGAAAGAUUGCUUUGGUCAAGGCAAGGAGAACAGAGCGUGUCCUGGAUGAAGGCCAUGGUGGAUUAUGAGUGUUACACAAGGCACUGGGUUAUAUUUGAAGCCACCAGAGGAUCCUCAAUAAGGAGUGACAUUGCGAUUGAUGAUGUUGUGUUUAAAAAAGGACCUUGCAAAGAUCCAGGAGACAGCGUCUCUUACUCAGGCUUCUCUGAAAAUUUCAAUGAGAUUGAGUACUGAGAGCGGCCCAGGAAUGCUGAUAUGUGUUUGUUUUUAUUUGUGUUUCACUGGGGACGAGGAGAGAAAAGAACAUUUGUUAUCUAGGCUCAACGGUGUUCUGCUAAUUCUAGUCACGGAGAGACACAUGCGUCAUUGUUCCUUCACAUUUAGGGGGUGUGAUGUGUCUAGUUCUUGAUAUAACCUGAUACUUUUGGAUCAUACGGGACAGCUUGGGACUGUCUUGGUUUUGAGUGUUUUGAUUAGAUGAUUGUUUUUGUUGUUUUUUAUUGUUUUGACAUUGCUUAGCGGCAUGCUGCUAGGUAGCAACGGUUUUCAGUUUGUAUUUGCAGAAGUGAACAGUUUCUUUUCAGUGUUUUUCUUUUUCUUUAUCAGUGUAAAACAUGAUUAACGAUAGAGUAAAACAUGUUUGCAAUAAUGAGAAAAUUCAGGUCGUGAGUUGUAUACAUUCUCACUCAAAGUGUUACAUUUAUUAAAUAACUUUUUAAAAUGAAAA